AGCUCAGAGCCCGUGACGAGGGGACGGAUUUCUGCCAUCUAGCGCCGCUGUUCUUGGAGCCCACCAUUCUUCCGGUCCACUUGCAGCUUCGUUGUCCUAUGUCCUGCGGUCCGCGUCGCUCUACUACCGAGGCGCUGCGGAGAGCGCUGCGCUCCCGAUCGCCGGGUAAUGGAACUGUUGACAUUCGGGGAUGUGGUCAUUGAUUUCUCUGAAGAGGAAUGGGAAUGCCUGGAGCCUGCUCAGCAGAAUUUAUACAGAGAUGUGAUGCUGGAGACCUAUAGAAACCUGGUCUUCCUGGUUCUAGGUGGACACAAUAUUUAUUUUUUUUAUUUUUAUGUGGUGCUGAGGAUCGAACCCAGUGCAUCAUACAUGCUAGGCAUGACCUCUCAUCAUACCCAGAAAAUUUCAUCAGAACCUGGCAUAGAAUAUUUAUUUAAAAAAGUUAUAAAGAGAAGAUAUGGAAAUUGUGACCUUUACUAUUUACAACAAAAGAAAGUAUGUGUCAGUGUAGGUGAGAGUGAAGGUCAGAAAUCAUAUUAUAAAGGACAAGACAAAUUAGUAGUUACUGUCCAUAAAGAAAAUUUUAAUGUCAACAGACCUCAAGAACAUUUAAUAGCUCAGAAAAGUAUUCAAUUUAUAAUUGAAGGACAAGUUUCUAAAAGGGAUCGUUUUGAAACUGUUCUUACAAACUGUUCAUUAUUCUGCAAUAAACAAAGAUUUUUUUCUUGUGACAAAACAUACACCUUUAAUGAUUCUGGGAAGGCACCUAUGCACUCAUUACUGCCUACUAAACAUUUAGAUAUCUGGAAAGUAAACAACACAUGUAAUAAAGCAAGCAACACCUUUAGAGAGGUCCCUAUCUUAAGCAAUUACCAGUGUACUUCUAUUGGAGAAAAAAAUUAUGAAUGUGACAAGACACAUAAGAAUUUUAGCUCUGGUUGCAAUAUGAGAGAACAUCAGUGUGCUCAUUGUGUACAGAAUCUUUACAAAGAUGAUAAAUGUGGGAACGUCUUUCCUCAGUGCUCAAAGCUUAUGAUCUAUCCAAGUACUCAGGGCCAAGAGGCACCUUGCAAAUGUGAGGAAUGUGAGAGAGCUUCUAACCCAGCUCCUAGCCUUCCUCAACACAGUGGAGCUCAUCCUGGAAGGGAGCCCCAUAAAUUUAAGGAGUGUGUCCAAGCAUGGAGUUGCUCACCCCUUUCUAAACACCACAAGUUCCAUAGCAGUGAUCAACACUACAAAUUUAUAGAAUGUGGCAAAACUUUUAAUAGAGAACCAUGCCCUGUUAAUCUCCACACAAUACAUACUGGAGGGAAACCCUACAAAUGUAGAGAAUGUGGCAAACCCUUUAAGAAUUGCUCAACCCUUUCUAAAUACCUGAGAUGGCAUAGCAGUGAGGAAACCUACAAAUGUAAAGACUGUGACAAAAUUUUUAAAAAUUUUUCAACUCUUACUGAACACCAAAGGAUUCAUACUGGAGAGAAGCCCUACAAAUGUAAAGAAUGUGGGAAAUGUUUUAAUCGUAGCUCAAACCUUAUUCUACACCAGAGAAUUCACACUGGAGAGAAGCCCUACAAGUGUGAAGAAUGUGGCAAGUGUUUUACUUUCAGAUCAAACCUUAUUAAACAUCAAAGAGUUCAUACUAGAAAGCAUCCCUACAAAUGUGAAGAGUGUGGGAAAGGUUUUGCUCUCAGAGCACAUCUUACUCAACACCAGAGAAUUCAUACGGGAGAGAAGCCCUACAAAUGUAAAGAAUGUGGCAAAGGUUUUACUCAAACACAAAAGCUUUCUGAACACCGGAGAAUUCAUACAGGAGAGAAGCCCUACAAAUGUAAAGAAUGUGGGAACGCUUUUACUCAAAGAGCACACCUUACUCGACACCAGAGAAUUCAUACAGGAGACAAACCAUACAAAUGUGAAGAAUGUGGAAAAGGAUUUACCCAAAUGCGAAAACUUAAACAACACCAGAGAAUUCAUACAGGUGAGAAGCCCUACAAAUGCGAAGAAUGUGGGAAAGCUUUUACUCAAAGAGCACACCUUACUCGACACCAGAGAAUUCAUACUGGAGAGAAACCCUAUAAAUGUGAAGAAUGUGGGAAAGCUUUUACUCAAAGAGCACACCUUACCCAACACCAGAAAAUUCAUACUGGAGGGAAGCUCUACAAAUGUAAAGAAUGCAGCAGUGCUUUUAAGGAUGUUUCAUCCUUUAUCAAACACCAGAGAAUUCAUGCAGGAGACAAGGAAAGUCCCAGUCAUAGCACCCCAGAACACCUGUUAGAUUUCCUGCACAUGCUACAUGUACCCAGAGCACUAAAUUGGAAUGUAUUUCCCUAACAGCUAAGCACACACCUCCUUCCAGUGGCAAAGCUCUGAGUCAGAGUGUGGGGAGUUUUUUCUUCCUCCCUUCCUCCCCUCCUUCCCUCCUCCCCUUCCUCCCCUUCCUUCCCUUCCUCCCCUUCCUUCCCUUCCUUCCCUUCCUUCCCUCUAUUGAAGUAGGAAAAAAUGCUGACUUCAAGAAGCUGUUAAAUAUUUCCUGUUUGUACUUUUUAUGUUACCAGACCCAAUCUUGCAAUCUCUGGAUUAAACAGUAAAAGCUGGGAUUAUUCACAUAGGAUUCUGUUUUACUUUACAUCAGUUUCUUUGCUAGCUGAGAAACUUUCUGCACAUAUAACUUCCUUAUGUCCAAGAAAAGCUGAGCAACAGUGGGAUAUAAUGUGGACCCUAGCUGAGAUUUGGAAGCCUACCUCAACAUAGGAAAAAAAAAUGACCAUAUAAGCUACACCACCAAUAAAAGAAUAGCCUUAGCUUAUUUUCAUAAUUCUUGAUGCUGAUUACUUGACAAUCAUUUGAUUGGCCUUAAGCCCUAUAGAACAGUUUUCUUUGGUGCAAGGUCCUGUCAUUCCCUGAGAGACCUCCAAUAGAAUACAGAAACAUCCCAAACCUGACAUUGAAGCUGGAUAAUUGGAAUGUGGAUAAUGGUUCUCUGUGCCAAUAAGAAUACAUGAAGAGAGCUGGGGAUGCUGCUCAGGGAUAGAGUGUCUGUGGGUUUUAAGGCCUAACAUUAUAAAACAAAGAAGGCAAACCUCCCUCCAGAUGCAAAAGAAGAAGGAGAAAACUGGACAUUACAUUCUAGGACUUGACAUAUUCUUCAAGACAUAAAAUAUUGUAAUGCCUAAGCUGGGACUGAACUAAACACCAUGAAAAGUAAACUUGACUUUGUGUCUUGAAGGAUCACGUGUAGAAAUUAAACAGAUUUCCUACAAGUUCCAACUCCAUCUUCAGCAAAGGGCUCAGAGGAGCUUUCUGUCCCCACUGAGUUUUCAGCCCCCGCAAUGUGGUCUGAAGGAGCUCAGAAGGGAAGACCAACAGACCAUGGGCAGCCUGGGCUUUGUGCCUAUAGAACUGGGGGUGAACAAUGAUUGCAGAAUAGUCACAGCUGGUGAAAAAACCUAAUGGCACCAGGAGAAUGGCAGAUUAUGGAGAACUGACUGAAGUGGUGCCUUCUCUGCAUGCAGAAGUUCCCAUGAUGCAUGAAUUGUAUGGGCAUAGCCAGACACCUCCUCCAUCAAAUUAGGGCAUAUUUGGAAUAGAGAAGUGCUCUAUGCCCUAGCCAUUUAUCCCAUGAUCUUAAAAAGGUUCUAUGGCCAGUGCAGUAUGCCCCUGAGGAUGUACCAGACACUGGUGAUGAAUGUAGCCUGACAGAACCAUCAUCCUUCCAGGAAGAAGCAGUUCUGGUGGGCAACAAGAGUGCUUGGUACACUGACUGGUUCAGCAGAGACCCUUGGGCCAUUGGACUGCCACUGCUGUACAGCUCAACGUGAACACCUUGUGUGAGUCUGGUGUGCAGCAGAGCAGCCAAUGGGCUGCCCAUGUUGUAUAUGCCAGAAAUACUGGAAGUUCUGGGCACCCCAAGAGUCAAAGAAACACUCAUGAACUAAUUAGCUCAGUUGGCAGGGCAAGAAUUUUAUUUCCUUGUGCAGAUGUUGAAAAAAAAAUGCUGUUAAUGUUCAUCUUUGGCAGAAAAAAGAUGACUUAAAAUGUUAAUCAGGUUUGUUUGAUAUCUUGGUAUUCAUGAGUAACAUAAACUGAGCAAUUAAAAAUAGAACUCGCUGGACAUUUCUCUGGGACUCCCAAUAAAACUGGAGCACAGGAGGAAUGCACUAUCUUUGCCUCUGAGAGGACCCAUUCCCUCCUCUUUCCUCACUUUUAAACUUUUUUUUUUACUGGAUGUUGAACCAGGAGUACCAAUCUUUUGUAAAUAUUUUCUUUUAAGAUACUGUCUGGCUGAUUUGAAUAGGGACUUGAAUUCACAAUCCUCCUGCCUUAGUUGUGUGCCACUGUGGCCAGCUUUCCUUUUCUUUUAAAUAAACUUUGCUGUUGUUUUAGUAAGUGCA